CCCACCCAAUCCCCUCUCUCUCUCUCUCUCUUCGUGCUCUGUCGUGUCGUCAACGCUUCAGUUUUUUACCCUCCAAUCCCCUUUAAAAACCCUCCAAUCGCAAAACCCCCUCCGCAACCCAAAUCUCCACUCCGUGAGUACUAAUCCACCACCACCACUCACGCCCUUCGCUCUCCAAUUCCCAUUAUUCUCUCUCUCCCCCGGACUUGCUCGAUCCUCAUCGACCUUCCGUUCUAGGGUUUUCUCCGCUCCGCUCCGCUUUUCUCGUUUCUCUUUUUUCCGAAAAAAAGCUAGGGUUCUUCUGUUGGACGGAGAAAUUGGAGCGAGCGCCGAGUUUUGAUUCCGAUGGAGGCCGCCGCGGCAAGUGUCGCCGCCGCCGCACGCGGUGUUUCUCUCCCGAUGCCGUCUUCUCAGCCUUCCCGCAAAGAGUGGCGCAUUGUUUCUGAGCAAUCGGUUCGGAACCUCACCAACGAGGACUUGGAGCGUUCGAAGUUAGGGCAAUCGGAUGAGAGAACGAUAUAUGAGGUGCAGCAGGGAAGAGAGCCCGCUGAUGUGGACUUCUGUUCGAUUACCAUUGACGGGAGUUCGGAAAACGAUGUUCUGCAGCACCGGCUUCACAACGUCGCGAGGCAAAGAGAGGAGCUGCAACACAUGGAGAUGGAGCUUCGGGCGCAAAUGAUUGCAAGGUCGGAGAUGAUACAAAUGCAGAACAGCUUUGAUGCUCAGAUUAAAGAGCAAUCCAAUUCCAAUGUUAAGCUUCAGGAGCAACUGCAUGAAAUGGAACAAAAAAUACGUGAAAUGGAGAGGAAGAUGGAAGAGAAAGAUAGAGAGCUACAUGCCAUUAAACUGGACACUGAGGCGGCAUGGGCAAAGGAAGAUCUCCUUAGAGAACAAAGCAAAGAGUUGCAGACCUUCCGGAGAGAGCGUGAUAACUCAGAAGCUGAAAAAGCGCAACAUGUUAAACAGAUUCAUGACUUUCAAGAACAUAUUCAGGAGAAAGAGAGGCAGUUCCUCGAGUUGCAGGAACAGCAUAGGGUUGCUCAGGAAACCAUCCUUUACAGAGAUGAACAGCUGAGGGAGGCUCAAGGGUGGAUUGCACGUCUCCAGGAGAUGGAUGCGUUGCAAUCAACUACUAAUGUCUACUCACUACAAGCUGAAUUGCGAGAGCGAACAGAACAAUAUCACCAGCUUUGGAUUGGUUGCCAAAGACAGUUUGCGGAAAUGGAGAGGCUUCAUGCUCAUACAAUACAGCAACUCCAGCUUGAACUGGCAGAUGCAAGAGAGAGGAGUGGAACUUACCCUGACGAAACACAUACAUCCCAAACAAACUCUAAGGAUUCUUCUCAGUUUGGACAGAACAAUGGAAACCAACUUGAUGUCAACGGAAGUAUCAUGCCAAGUACAAAUUCUGGGGGUCUUCCAACUGGAAACUCUGAAAAUGUUUCAUCCUUUGUCUCAACUGGCAAUGCUUCAACUGAGGCCAACCAUGUUCAUGGUGUUGCAAUUUCUCCAACAUCCCUGCUUGGAAUGCCUACCUACCUUCCCCCUGGACAGGUGACUGCUCUGCAUCCAUUUGUAAUGCAUCAACAAGGAGUUCCCCACUCUGUGCCAUCACAUGUUGGCCAUUUUCACUCGGUACCCCUUCAACAUUGGCAGAACCAACAGGCUUCACCAGAUGGUUCACAGGUGCCAACUCCGAACCAGUAUCCUCCUUCCCAAACUGAUCAGAGCUUGUUGAGACCAGAUACUAAUUAUGACUAUGAAGUUUCUGCAAAUGGGCAAGCUAUUCAUUCAGAGUAUUUGGAUAUUCAUUCCAGCCAGGGAAUGGAGCCUGAUACAGUGAUCAGACCGACAGCUGAGGAAGGACAGGUCGAUAAAAGUUACCUGGUAGCCCCGCAACCCCAACAAAGCUUGCAACAUAUUUCUUCCCAGUUCCAUGAUGCUUUAAGAUUAGACACUCUUUCACAAAAUAGUGAAACUAAGGAGAAGAGCAUUACCACUUCCACUAAUCAUGGACUUGAGGGUCAAGGGUUCACUACAGAACAAGAAAGCUCUGCCAACACACCAUUGUCUGAAACUUCAAUCAAUCAUGUGGAUUUAAGCGAAGCGACAAUGAAUAAUCCCACUGGUGGCUUUUUAUCUGAAGCAUUUGUCUCAUCUGGACCGAAAAAUAUACCUACAAUUGGUACGACAUCGGAGAUUGUUCUUCUUGACGAAAGAUCGUUGUUGGCUUGCGUUGUUCGAACAAUACCACCUGGAUCCGGUGGUAGAAUUAGGAUUAGCUCUACGCUUCCAAAUAGGCUUGGCAAAAUGCUUGCACCUCUUCAUUGGCAUGAUUACAAGAGAAAGUAUGGAAAACUUGAUGACUUUGUGGCUGGUCAUCCUGAAUUGUUCUUAAUUGAAGGGGACUUCAUACAACUUAGAGAGGGUGCACAAGAAAUCAUAGCCGCGACAGCAGCUGUUGCCAAAAUUGCAGCAGCAGCUAAAACUGUAUCUCCUCCUUACGCCUCACUGUUGCCAUCUGUUGCUGUUACUCCCAUGGCACAAUCUCAUCGACCGAAGAGGGUCCCAUCUAUCGAUUCCAACUCUGUGAGGUCUGCCGCUGACAAUCCUUUGCAGCUCUCAGUUCCCAAUCAACAUUCCAACGGUGUUAGUCUAAAUGCUGGAAGUAUCUCAAAUGUUAGAAUUUUGAGCAAACCAAAAGAUCAGCUGGACUUGAAUGGCAAUGAAAGUAGGCUUGGCCAGUCAUCUAUGCUUAUGGCAGUUGGAAACGGAGCAAAUCAUGAUAGGUCAGGUUUGGGCAGUUCUGUGAGCAAGGGAUCAUCUCAUGCUAGACCUAGUGCUAACCUUGUUGGGAAGCAGCAGGGAAGGGCUACUGCGGUAGCAUCAAACUCAAGAAGAUAGAUACAAUUUGGACAUCGGCAUCUUUGGUUGAAUGAAUGUGCACCAAUGUGCCAGAUGAAGGGGACUAUGACAGGAUGUGAGGGAGAAUCCCUUGACUAUAAAAGUGAUUCAAAGUCUUUUUCGCUCACUUUUGAUUAUAAUCUUCAUAGUUGCCCCCCUCCCCUUCUCCCCUCCUUUUGUUUCCCGCUGGGGACUGUUUAUUCCUGCACGAGUUGGUACACUCCGAACAUUACAUCCAAACGACUGCCCGCUGUGACAUUCAUGUGCACAAUUGCAUCUGGCAGCUGCCUUAUGUUUUCAGAUUCCUAAUUAUUGGGCAGCAGUGAUUUUUCCUGAA